UCCAAGAUGGUGGGAGGACUGGCACAAGAUGGCCGCCACUCGGAAAGUACGCUCGGACGGGGACGGCCGUUUCGUCGGUUUCCCGCACGGUUUACCGUGACGCGGUGCAAGAGCGAGCGUCCCGCGCCAGUCGCGGAACGAUAAUGGGGAGGAAUGGGGAGGCGAGCGAGUGUAGAAGGCGCUAGCGAGUUGGCGGCUCUCCUGCCGAGCGGUGCCCGCGACACGGAGACCUCCUCUAGGAUGGAGUCACGCGCCCGGAGGACGAGGCUACGCGGCGUUGUCGGCAUCUGCGUCGCGCUCGCCCUCUCGGGCAUCGUCUAUCUCGGCUACUUCUGCCCGGACCACGUCUGCGCCCUGACAAACCGCGACGCCAAGGAGUCCACCAGGGUGGCUGAGGGUCUGUCGCCGGGAGUUGCUCCGGUCGUCUUGGCACCCGUCUCCGCAUCCGCCACCGAGGUCGACGGAAACGCUGCCCUGCCGGCGCUUCCGGCUUUCAAGCUCCAGAGCGUCCAGGGUAGUCUCGGCUACGAGGACGUCCUCUCCAACGACACCUUCCAGUUCGACAUCAAUGCCCACGACGUCAUGGUCUUUCUGCACAUACAAAAAACCGGGGGCACGCUGUUCGGCAAACACCUGGUGCGAGACCUGGACCUGCAACGACCUUGCUCCUGCCAACGUCGUAGAAAGAGGUGCUUUUGCUUCCGUCCUAACCGCAACGAGAAUUGGCUGUUCUCGAGGUACUCCACGGGUUGGAAGUGCGGCCUCCACGCCGACUGGACCGAGCUGACGAGCUGCGUAGACGCCGAGCUCAACAAGAUCGAAGGAGAGGGCGUAAAGAGGCGAUACUUUUACAUAACCAUUAUAAGGGACCCCGUGGCUCGUUACCUCUCGGAGUUCCGCCACGUGCAACGGGGCGCCACGUGGAAGGGCGCCCGACAUUGGUGCGGGGGCUCCGAGGCGAAUAUCCCCCAGUGCUACAGUGGCCCGAGCUGGGAGGGCGUCACUCUAGAACAGUUCAUGGAGUGUCCCUACAACCUAGCGAGCAAUCGGCAGACCAGGAUGCUGGCCGAUCUGACCUUGAUCGGCUGCUACAACUCCACUUUGGGUAACCAGGAGAGAGAUCGCCUCAUGCUGGCCAGCGCGAAGCACAACCUGCAGUUCAUGCCAUUCUUCAUGCUCACCGAGUAUCAAAAGAUGGGCCAGUACUCUUUCGAGGAGACCUUCGGCAUGAGGUUCGCGGUGGCGUUCGAGCAGCACAACGCGACGCAGAGCGCCGCGACGAUGGCGACCCUGACCAAGGAGCAGCUCGACGCGGUGCGUCGGCUGAACCGGCUCGACCUGGAGCUCUACGAGUUCGCGAAGAAUCUGGCCUUCCAGCGGUUCCGCAGACUCCGGGACCGGGAUCCCAACUUCGUCCAGCGGUUCCAGCACCUGGGGGAGCUCCCCUCCAGGCAGAGCGUCACGGAGUUCAACUGGGACUCCGUCAUCGAGGACACGACCGAUAACGAGUGAACGCCCGAGGUUCCUUUCUCGUUCCCUCUUCUUGGGAGAUAUCCGAUCGCCGUGUUGCGUUGCGCAACUGUUUUGAAAAAUUGAGAGGGAGAGCGAGAAAUAGGGCGUCCCCUUGUUUACUGUCUCUCGAUGUGGCUGCCAUUACAGUCGAAUCGGCGUUUAGAGGGCAUAUAUCCUAGGUUAAAGAAUUCAGGGGUUAGGUAGAAAGCCUGGAUACUACGUUUGUCGCUUUAAAAUUCGGCUGAUAACCCAAAAGUGGAAGUAAGAGAUCGCACGUUUUAGCCAACGGCAUCUUACGUGUGGGAGGAGAGUCGAUCACAGCGCCGCCGUCCGUUGGCUAACGUACUAAUCGUCGAGUAACGUUCGAAUCCUUCCAGGCUUCCACGGAAACUUUUGAAUUCUUUACCUACGUCCAUGCGUGUGAACCGGCCCUAACCCUGGAAAAUGGAACCUCAAGGCCGAUCUCCACGUGUCGGGUCGACAAUGCGUCUUUCAAGGCCACUCGAGGUGUCGCGAUAAUGAAAACGCCUCGAGGAAACGCGGUCAGAUUGAAACAACGCGCGAGAGAUCGAUUCACUGUAAAUUCCUUGCACGAAGACGACCAUCGCGAGGUCUGCUCGGCCUUUUGGGUUCCUAAUUCUAGAGCGAGGACUCGAGGGCAUCGGAACUCUUCCUCGGAUGAUACCAAAGAGUGCGCCAAGAGUCACGGAGUCUAUCAGCUCGCCGUAGGUGACUGCCUCCAUGUGAUAAAAACGAUACCUACCCACUCGGUAUGUGGGAUAUAUGAUUAGGUACUCUCGAUGAGAUUUCGCAGGGGAACGCUGCACCUCUUUUAGCCUGUAAAUAUUCCCAGCAGAAGACUCGACUGCGAACCUUAAGAUUUUCAUAUUUUUUUUUUUGUUUUGUUUUUUGAGAACCACCGACCGAUUCUCCUGGCUCCAAGUACUUGGCCGCAUCUCCAUCGCACUCUUAAAUCCGGAUUUAUUGGGUCCUAAUCCAUUAAGUCGCAUGUCUCCAUCGCAUUAAUGAUUUCGCAGAUUCGAUCCUGAACGUCUCGAUCGACCCUUAAAUUCUGAUUUACGGGGUUUGGACCCGAUAAAUCCCGGAUGUCGAAUACAAUGGAGACGUAGUCAUUUCGUUGCUCUUGUUAGCUAGCCAACGGCGACACUAGCGACUCUUGCGGGAAACCCGACACUUUUAGAUUUCUACAAAUGGCCGGCAUAUUGUCGUCUAAGAAAUACUUACACGGUAACCAUAGAACAUUUAUUAACCACCGAGACACAUAUUACUUAACAUCUUAUAAAUAUUAGUAAGUAACAACGACAAGACCGGUGAUACUAGUCGGCUUUUUUUACACCUGUAUCAUACGUAGUACCGGAUUUGACUAGUAUUUUAUGCAUCGCCAUAUUGCGUAAUCGCGUUACAUUAUUCUCGCAAGGAUCGCUAGUGUUCGGUUAACCUUGCAAGGAAAUAUAAGGUUAGAAUUUCUGGAAAUACCCAUAGAAUGGGGACUCAUUAUGCUAGUUUAUGGUUUUACCCCGCCAAGAUUGUGGGGUAAUCGUCAAACGUGACCAACCCUACGAUUUCGUUGUUCAUACGUUUUAAUUAUUACGAGUGAAGCUUUUCAUAUCAUCCUUUUAUUGUGUUCGACAACGGCGAGUUUGUUCUCAGUGUUCCGCGACGUAGCUACGAAUCAUAUUCAUAUCGACGCUUUCGUAACCUCGAAAAAUGUCACGAGGACUUUUUGAGGUUAAACUGUGCAUUAGUUAAGCGUGCAGCUCACAUAUCCGCGCGUCUCGAUCAGUGAUUAUCGUUAACCUUCCUCCUUUUUUUACCUGCGUACGUAAAUGCAAAGUACUUGCAGCUGUUUUUGUUAGAGGCAAAGUCUGUUUAUAGCACCGCAGCAUGCAAAGUAGCCUUGGGGGCUACGUACGUAACGGAUGCAGCGUACCGAGCCUUGCAAAUGGCUUUCAAAUCGAAACCUGCUACGGUUAUGAUGAGAUAUUGGGGAAGUCUCAGAAUUAAGUUUUAAAAGCCCCCUGUGUGGAGUCGAAGGAAAGUCUAUCGUCGAUCUCCAGCUCUGGCAGAAAAGUGCUCGCUGACGUUCUCAGAAGCUUUUGCCAAAUCAUCGCCUCGUUAGAAUAAAUUGAAAGCACAGCUUUAAUGACGCCAUAUCGUUCUAUGGAAUCAUUCCCUUCGAGGUGGCCAGUGGCGUGGAAAGAUGCCAAGACGAAGCAAGUAGUUUACGAGUCUCUCACCUAUCGGUGCGGAUUGUAGCUCUAAGAUAAGUAAAGUAAGAGAAGUGUGCUUGCGAGUGCUUUUCAAAUAAGCCAAUAUUCUUAUGUUAGUUACUUUUUGGAACGGCAUCUUAAGGGGAUACGAAAGUGGAAUCUGAAAAGUCAAUCGUUCAUGAAACUUUUCUCCGAACUGGGUGUGCUAUAUCGUACAAAACUUUUCCAUAUUUAUAUUGGAAAGUUUGAAUCGAUUCAUUAUACCCAGUUUGCAGAAAUGUUUUAUGAGCGAGAACUCUCUGACGCCAGUUUCACACCACCUUAAUCUUAUACUCUUUAUUCGGUACUUUUUAUUCGGACACCUUCAACCGCCCACGAAAAAAGGGUCUUGCUAUUUUGCUGAAAAUUAAAUUGGCUAGUGUCGGAGCAUUGAUCUCCUUUAGAGUAAUACAUUGUAUCGAUAAUUGCUGAGCCUUCGGAGGCGAAUCGUUUUUAGCCCGAGAAGAGGGAGAUCCUAACCGAAAGUAGGGUACCGUUGGCCCCUGGCAUUUUUGACCGGUUUCUUUUUUUUUACACGUUCGUAACUCGAAUCAUAAUCUAUGAAGAAGAGAAACGAAUCUUGAUCUUCCGUCGAAAGAGACUCGAGAACGUAGCAUGAUGAAACGAGGCUUAAGGUGAUAUGAAAGGGGCAGACUAUAUUUGAGAGGUUAAAUCGUUCGUGAAGGUAUUCUCGAAAUUGGGUGUACCGAUUCGUAUCAAAUUUCAUCACGUGAAUAUGAAGGUCCUAAGGUAGGUCCUGAAAC